GUAUAAUUCAGGCUUAGUCUAAUCUAAUCCACACAGCUCUCCAAGCAACGGUUGACAUCCAGUCGCGGUCACGAGAGGAAACGCGGUUACCACAUGACCCCCCUUCUUCGCGCUUAAGCCCUCGUCUCGUGGUCAGGAACCGCCGGCGCAAAAUUAAGCCGACUUCCAAGCAGGUACAUAACCCCAUUCAGCUUUUGAGUGCUCUCGCUGGGCCAAUAUCCUUGAAUUGAGUAAAGCGCCAAUUUCUCUAGCGCGGUUCAGGAUCAAAUAAAUCACCCCCCCCUUUUUUCAAACGCUCUUCCUUCCAACCUUCUUCACCCUGUUUACGCGUAUUUUGUUCGAUCCACACUCACUUUCGUUCUACUUUCCUUAUUUCCCAAGACUCUCAAUUUCUUUUCCUACGUUCCUUACUCCCAAAGACUUCCAAUUUCCUCUCUCCCAACCUUCGUUAUUUCCCCAAGACUCUCGUUUCCCUUUCUUUCUUUCCAUUUGUCAUAUAUACACUCUUUUCAUCUGUCUUUGCACACAGAUUCUUCAAUUUCUCCAGCUCUUCAAUCUCGACAAAAGCUCUCAUCGCAGUCCAAUACUGUCUCCGGUCAUUACAAUGUCCAAUAAAUCCAAGAUCAGCGCGGCUGAAAAAGAGAUCUGCUUCGGAUUUAUUCAGAGCCACUUGUCUCCCAAGAGCAUUAACUUCAGCGAAACUGAGCUGAGCCCCGUUGCUUCGGAUGAAUCUCCAUGCAAGAGAAAAGGUAAAACUACUACUGUUGAAACGGAGUCAUCCCUCUGCAGCGACAAUGAUAGUGUUCAUACUCCGGAACAAGCGUCACCAUACCUUGUCACUGAUACCGACACUUGUUCUUUCGUACGGCCUGGCAAAGGUACAGAAGACCCCGACCCAUUCAUUGCCCGUACUCCUUCCGACGAGUAUGGUGGAUCUCCGUCCAAUCAUGGUGUGCGCCGCGGUGCUUCUCGUAAGCAUACGAAGAAACUUGGCUCUUGUCGUUCGACUCCGUCUGCGAGUGAUAAGAUCAUGAAGAACUGGCGUGUCACUGCGGCUAUCACUGAUGAUAGCUCUCCAGCUGAUGGUAAGCGCGUUCGUGGCAGUCUUCAUGCUUGCGUCCCGGAUACUGUCAUUAUCGACAAGAACAAUUGUCAAUUGUAUUAUUCUCCAGACAGUUGUCUGUUUGUUGCCAACCUGAAUAGCCAGCAUGACGAGGUUGAACUUGAGGCUGCAGUUACCGAAGUCUUCCGCAAGUAUGGCACAGUCUACGUCAAGAUCACUCGUGAUAAGAAGAAUAUGCCAAUGGGCUUCGUUCAGUUCACGAAUAGUUCCGAUGCUGCUCGCGCCAGGGAUAAAGCUAAAGGCACAGUUAUUUUCGGCCGUGGAUGUCGCAUUGAGUGGUCCAAUGCCAACCGCAAUUACCAUCUUACUCGCCACGACGGUAUCGACGUUACCGAAGACAUGGCUCGUGCCGUCCUGGAAGAGUUUGGUGAGCUUGAGCGUAUACACUUUCCAACUGAAACUGAGAUUGUCAUUUUCAACCUCGGCCGUGGUCCUCUGGUCACUUUCCUCAACUACCAGAGUGGCCGAGAGGCUUUGAAUGAGCUCCGCGAUUCUGACGAGUGGAACUUCCAAGCCAAGAUUAAUGAGCGCAACGCUUCGCCUUUCCAGUCCGGAAAAUCUGCCGUUUCCCGUAGCUGUUUCACUGGGAAAGCCAACCUCGACAGUUUUGAAGUCGACCAGCGUUCUAUAUUCGUCGCCAACCUUCCCGCAAAUGUCACAGAGUCUCAGGUCCAUGACCUCUUUGAUAACAUGGGUCACAUCAUCAACAUUACCGUUAAUCGUCGCCCGUCCGUUCGUGAGGGGUGUGACGUUAAUGUUUUUGCAUACGUGGAAUUUGCGAAUCCUGGUUCCGUACAGGAUGCCAUUGAGGCUAUGAAUAUGUAUUCAUACGGUGGCAGUCGCCUCAAAGUCGACCAAAAGAAGCCACAGGACAUGGUCUCAUCUGCUCGUCGGAAGCCUCUUGCUCAACGUAUCACACAUGAUGGCAGCGGUGCAACGGCGGUGACUCCAUCAUACUACGGGUCACCAUAUCCAUACAUGGGAUACCCGCCAACCCCUUACACGGGCAGCACCUAUCCUGCAUAUGCUCAUUAUCCCUACCAUAUGGCACCUUACUGCUACCCUGGCAGCCCAGGCUAUGCUACAACCCCAGUCUCCGACAACGGCAACGGUCACGGUCAUGCCACUACUGGCCCGCCUCCGGUAUUUGCCAUUCCAACUCCGCAUGGACAGGUUGAUUACUACGGCCAAAACCAGGUGCUUCCGUAUGCUGUUCAAUACGGUCCUCAGGCUCAUAUUUUCCAACACACAGCGACUGGCGACGGCACAGAUGCUGGCGAAGCUACCGAUUCAUACCAAAGUGUGCAAUGAGCACGCCGCAUCUUGUGUCCUGGGCAUUCUACGUUGAUGUGAUGGAUCCCGCUCAUUCAUCUGAUCAUUUCAUCCCCAAGCGACAAACAUUCUCGCGCUAUCGUUCUAUCAACUGGCUUUUAUCAUGGCUUCUCCGGGCCAGUGCUGAUGGAUAUGUCUGCUUCAAUUUUUCCGGCUCAACGCAAUUCGCUUUGUUGAUAUAUUAUGCGACUCAUGGGUUCGAUCAGGAUGUCCUGUACCAAGCGUCCUGUCUCAACGCUCUGAGCUACUUCAGCUCUUGCAAUUGGGCUUCCGUGCCUGCCCGUGGCAGCUUGCCGAGAAAUAUAUCAGAUGGCAUUUCAAAUUCCAACAAGCUCGUUAUUGUGGAAACACUUUGUUUUCAAGGUUUAUCAUGCUGGUGGCAUGGUUUUAAUGGUAAUAUUGGCCUGCUCCGCCGGUUUCUGCAUAAUCAUGGCAAAUCCGACAUAGGAUAGGGUCCAAGUCGAAACACCCAAAAGAAAGCAAUUGCUUGAGGCUAUUCUAGUUAAACUGCUCGGGCUAGUUCCUGUACAUAGUAGUUUACAAUAAUAAUAAACAGCUUUCUGU